UCUCUCUCUCUCUCUCAGGUUUCUUGAAUGUCCAGAGAAAGUGGUGUUAGGGAAUUCUAUGAUGAUGCUGGUAAGAGGAUAAAGAGAGAGAUCGAUGCGUAUCUAAACACCACGACGAUGGGGCAUAUGGGGAGGAGACAGAUAUUGAUUCCGGCACCAGGGACUUUGAACACGAUCACACCAUGUGCUGCGUGUAAGCUCUUGCGGAGAAGAUGUGCAGAAGAGUGUCCAUUUUCACCUUAUUUCUCACCUCAUGAACCUCAUAAGUUUGCUGCUGUUCACAAAAUCUUUGGUGCCAGCAACGUCUCUAAGUUGCUCAUGGAGGUGCCUGAAAGUCAAAGAGCAGAUGCGGCAAACAGUUUGGUAUAUGAAGCAAAUGUUAGGCUAAGAGAUCCAAUCUAUGGCUGCAUGGGUGCAAUUUCUGCAUUACAACAACAAAUUCAAUCUCUGCAAGCUGAUCUCAAUGCAGUUAGGGCUGAAAUUUUGAGAUACAAGUACAGAGAAGCUGCUGCAAAUACUCAUGACAUCAACAUUAUUGCUUCUACUUUGGUUUCCGCCGGUCCCAUCUCGGUGGCUCAGCUGUCAUCCAUCCCAGCGCCGCCUACACCACCACCACCACAACCGUCCAUUGUCAUCUCAUCUUCUUCUUCGUCAUCAUCUUCAUCUUCUUCUUCAUCGUCAGUUCAUCUUUAUGGGAUCCCUUCUAGCACUUCUGGUUAUAGUACUAGCACCAUUCCUAAUAAUAAUGUAUCAAGUUACUUUGCUUGACCAUAUGUAACCCUAGUUUUUUUUUCUUCCCCCUUCUAUAUGAGUUAUAAAAGGAUAACUAAUUAAAUGAUUAUUUUGUAGUAGGGU